AUGGCUGAUGAUCCAAACCCUCCACUUCAUGAGUACCACCAGUCAGGAGGCCUAAUCAUUGGAGCUAUCACUUCCCACACUUUCAUCAUCUCCAGUGCAAUCACCUUCACUGAAAAACCCCCAUCACCUUUGCCUGAAGAGCUUGUUGCAGUACCUAAGAAUUAUCAGCACAUCCUGGCCUUGGCAUUUGCAGUAAAAGAGAUAAAUGAAAACCCUCAGCUCUUACAAAAUGUCACCUUGGGCUUCCACAUCUAUGACAGCUAUUUCACUGAGAAGUGGACCUACCAUGCUACAAUACUACUAAUAUGCACCCUGGGAGUUUUUGUUCCAAAUUACAACUGUGAUGUCCAAACUAACCUGAUUGGGGUCAUUGGGGGACUGGACCCGCCAACCUCACUUCAAGUGGCAUCACUUGUGGAUAUUUACAAGAUUCCACAGCUCAUCUAUGGCCCUGCCCCAGUGAUGAAUGACAAAACGCCAGGCAUCCCAUUCUACCAGAUGGUGCCCAGAGAAAACAUUCAGGUUGCAGGGAUUCUUUCUUUGCUUCUGCAUUUCAGGUGGACAUGGAUUGGACUCCUAACUAUGGAUAACGACAAUGGAGAAAGAUUUGUGCAAAGCGUGGUUCCACCUUUUUCUCAGAGUGGUAUCUGCUUUGCCUUCAUAGAAAGAAGCCAAACAUUGACCGUUGUCACUGUUAUUAAUGACAUGCUUAACAAGGGAGGUAAAAUACAUGACAAAAUCAUAGACAGUAAAGCCCAUGUAGUGGUGGCAUAUGGAGAAUCCUAUGGGAUUGUGUUCUUGAGAUGGUUCCCAUAUCUGUCAGGACAAGAACAAAUGACGAAGAAGUCAAAAGGUAUAGUGUGGAUAAUAACAGCUCAGACUGACCUCACUUCAAUGGUCUAUCAGAGGACUUGGGAUACAGAAAUAAUCCAUGGAUCUCUCUCAUUUACAAUUCAUGCCAAUGAUCUACCAGGAUUUCAAGAAUUUGUUAGAAGCAAAAACCCAUCCAGCACCACAGGAGAUGGUUUUAUCAAGGACUUCUGGCAACAGGCUUUUGGUUGUGUAUUCCCCAGUACAGAUCUCCACCGGUUUAUGAAAAGUGUCUCAUUUAACAACAGUGCAGGGGAAAAAGUUUCCUUUGACCAGAAUGGGGAGUUAGCAGCUGGUUUUGAUGUCAUGAAUUGGAUUUUCCCCACAAACCAAUCCUUUCAUAGAGUGAAAGUUGGGAGGCUGGAUCCACAAGCUCUUCCAGACCAAGCAUUCACCAUCAAUGAGGAUGCUAUAAGAUGGCACAAGAGAUUUAAUCAGGCACAGCCUCUAUCUGUGUGCAGUGAGAGUUGCUACCCAGGUUCUUGCAAGAAAGUGAAGGAAGGCGAGCCAUCUUGCUGCUACGAUUGCAUUCCAUGCCCAGAAGGAAAGAUUUCAGACCAGAAAGAUGCAAGUGAUUGUCAUAAAUGCACAGAUGAAAAAUAUCCAAACAAAAGUCAAGACGAAUGUAUUCUGAAGGAUGUCAGCUUCUUGUCUUUUGAAGAACCUUUGGGCCUCUGUUUAGCCUCUUUAGCACUUUCAUCUUCUAUAAUCACAUCUCUAGUGCUUGCAACGUUUAUAAAAUACCACAAUACUCCCAUGGUCAAAGCCAACAACCGGGAUCUCACCUAUACUCUCCUCAUCUCACUCCUGCUUUGCUUCCUUUGUGCAUUUCUGUUUAUUGGAGAACCCCAUAUGGUAAUGUGUCUCUUCCGACAAAGUGCUUUUGGCAUCAUCUUCUCAUUGGCUGUUUCUUGUGUGCUGGCAAAAACCAUCACGGUAUUUCUGGCUUUCAUGGCCACCAAACCUGGAUCCAAAAUGAGGAAGUGGGUGGGAAAGAGUCUAGCCAGCUGCAUUGUUCUUUCCUGUUCCCUCAUCCAAGCACUUAUCUGCACUGUUUGGCUUGCAACCUCUCCCCCAUUCCCAGAUGUUGACAUGCACUCCUUCACUUCAGAAAUUGUAUUAGAAUGCAAUGAGGGAUCUGAGAUCAUGUUCUACUGUGUGCUUGGCUACAUGGGAUUCCUGGCAUUUGUCAGUUUCACUGUGGCGUUUAUUGCCAGAAAGUUACCUGGCAGUUUCAAUGAAGCCAAAUUCAUCACUUUCAGCAUGUUUGUCUUUUGCAGUGUUUGGUUAUCAUUUAUUCCUUCCUACCUGAGCACAAAGGGAAAAUACAUGGUGGCAGUGGAGAUCUUCUCUAUUUUAACUUCCAGUGCUGGACUGCUGGGUUGCAUCUUUUCCCAAAAAUGUUACAUAAUUGUCUUGAGACCUGAGCUGAACAACAAGGAACAGCUGAUCAGGAGAAAACCUCAAAAAAUGUAA